CUGAAUAACGAUUGGCCCGUCGAUUCUCUACGAGCAUUCGUUCUCGCUCCGAAAACGCCAAAUACGCUUUCAAACCAAAAUGGAGGAUUUGUCGGUCGAGGUGUACGGUGAUAAUGGUGCUUAUUACAAGGCCAUUGUCACCGACGUUCUCGACAACGAGGUUCUCGUAGCCUUUGAAAAUGACUGGCAGCCGGAGUCGAAAUUCCCGUUCUCCCAAGUGUUUUUACCACCAAAAGACACAGGCAAGCACACAGAGUUCGUGGAAAACCAAGAGGUGGAGGUAUUCGCGAGGUCCAAUGAAAAGGAAGCAUGUGGGUGGUGGACAGCAAACAUCAAGAUGAUGAGAGGCGACUUUCUUGUAAUAGAAUACCUAGAAUGGGACAACUGCUACACGGAAAUUGUGCCAAAGGACCGCCUCCGAGUGAAGACUCCCAAGACACCUAUUGACAAGAGCACCUUCCACAAGUUCGAAAUAACCGUACCGGAUGAUCUCAAGGACUAUGCGAAGGUGGAGAACGCCCACAAGGAGUUCCAGAAGGCGAUAGGCGCCGCGCUCGUGUGGUACGUGCCGGAGCGCGGCGUGCUGGCCGUCGUGUCGCGCUGCGAGACCUCGCACAAGCGCGCGCAGAUGCUGCAGGAGAUGCACUUUAGGAAUCUAACUCAAAAGCUGUUAUUGCUGAAAAAGACUGAAGAAGCAGCCAAACAGUUGGAGUCCACUAAAAUACAUAAUCAGGGCGGCUAUACAGACGAAUUCUCUGUUCGUGAAGAUCUGAUGGGAUUGGCAAUCGGAACGCACGGAGCUAACAUACAACAGGCACGCAAGGUGUCUGGAGUCACCAACAUUGAGCUGGAGGAGGUCUCAUGCACGUUCAAGAUCUGUGGCGAGUCGGUGGAGGCCGUGCGCGCCGCGCGGUCGCUGCUGGAGUACGCGGAGGAGUCCAUCAAGGUGCCGCGCGCGCUCGUGGGGAAGGUCAUCGGGAAAAACGGGAAGGUCAUACAGGAGAUCGUCGACAAGAGCGGAGUCGUGCGCGUCAAGGUGGAGGGAGACAACGAGCCCCAGCCGUCCGCGCCGCGCGAGGAGGGCAUGGUGCCCUUCGUGUUCGUGGGCACGAGGGAGAACAUCGCCAACGCCAAGGUGCUGGUGGAGUACCACGUGGCGCACCUCAAGGAGGUGGAGCAGCUGCGCGCAGAGAAGCAGGAGAUCGACCAGCAGCUGCGCUCCGUGCUCGGCGGCGGCGCGCAGACAUACCCGCCGCCCAGGGGGCAGCCGCCCGCGCGCGCGCGCCGCACGCGCCCGCCGCACCACCGCUACCCCACCGGUCCGGACUCUGUCUUUACAACACAAUCAUUAAUGUCAACGUCAACGUUGUGUUACAUUUCGUAUUUGUACGUUGCAGCGGGCGGGCGACGCAUGACGCCGGAGUUGGGCGACGAGCGCAGCGAUAGUGCCGGAUACCGCGGCCGCGGGGGACGGGCGCCCAGACCGAACAGGUCGAGCGAGCGUGGCGAGCGCCGCGUGCCGCUGGAGAACGGGCGCGCGCACCCCGCGCCGCCGCGCCAGCCGCGCACUACUGCACCAAGUGGCAGACGACGCGAAGACAGACGGAGGCAAACUGAUGAUGAGAGCAGUGUGCUAGACAGCCAGGACGUGUCCAGUGCGGACCGAGACUCCGCCACGUCGGACGAGGGGCGCGGCGCCGGCGACAGCCACGCGCGGCGCAGGCGGCGCAGGAGGACAGGAGGCGGGUGGAAGAACGGGCUGAGCGGCGGCGGGGGCGCGGGCGGCGGCGGGGGCGCGGGCGCGGGCGGUGGCGCAGCGGGCGAGGGUGCGCGUGCGGCGCCCCCGUCGAAGCGCCGGUCGCCGCUGGCCAAGCCCAAGCCCGAGGCGCUGCUCAACGGCACCGCGUAGGCCGCGCCCCCGCCCGCGCCCCCGCGCCCCCGGCCGGCCCCGGCCCGGCCGGCCCUGACGUGACGCCAGCCGCGCCCGCGCGGCGCAUAUAAUUAUCCUAACGUAACGUAACAUGUAUGGCGCGGCCCCCGCCGCCGCCGGGGGCCCGCCGUCACUAGACUUACUCGUAUUAUGCUUUUGUAAGAGAUUCGUGAUUUGUAUUCCUGAUUACUCGAUAAUAUGAAAAAUUAAAGAUGUGUACGUCGCUCCCGGACGAUACGCGCCGACCGCGGCCUUUCGGUACCUUUAUGGGAGAUCGGACAUAGCGCAGUACAUACGUGUUCGUAGCCUGUACUCUGUGGUUAUGUGAUUUCCUAUAAAAUAAACAUUUCUGUACAUAUUUUCAAUCGUAUUUUUAUUUGUACGAAUAGUUCGUUCCGUCGUUUCCUCCCUGUCUAAAUUACAGAGCGUAGCGACCUUACAAUUUUUUACAAUAUACACAUAAUUAUGAUGUUGAAAUACAAUUUUAAUACUUUAUAAAAAUAGUAUGACUAGUUGGAAUGUUACAUUUAGUUCUUAAAUUAAUAAUACUAUAAACUCGAAAGGUACCUCGAUAGGAAGGGGGCGGGAUACAUAUAUUUAGUUUGGUGUGACACUAAGAAUUUAAAAUUCUAAAUGUGAUUCUUAUGACACAGACCUAUUAACAAAUAUUUACAGAACUAGACUAAAUAUCAGUCAUAUAACAGUACCGUGAUAUGCAUUAUUGCCGGGAUAUCACUAGGAAGUAUUUACAAAGAUAUGACAUCAGGUAAGAGACGGGAGUACGUGACUAACGUGAAGCGAAAAGAAAUGGCAAGUUCACAAAACUAGGCCACGUACGAAGUAGAGAUAAUCUAUUAUAAACAUGGAUACAUUACAUUUGCUACUGAUAUAAUUUGAUGCACUAGUUUUGUGAACUGGCCUUUAAUGUAUUACAUCGAGUCCUAACUUACCUACUUAAUUUAAACACGAGAACUUCCAAGAAUACAUGACAAAGUAAAACAUAUUAUUUCAGAUUCAGGUUUAGAAUGAUCAUAUGACAUUACUUAUUACGAAUCGAAAAAUACAUAAAAAAACAGCGUUACAUUGCUAUGUUCCAGAUUUUUUACUUGUUUUAGAGUUAGUACUUGUCUAUGCUAUGUAAACCAAUUGUUUUCCAGCAAAGGAAACGACAAAAAUACAAAAAAAGAUCGUAUCUAAAUGAUUACGUAGGAUUCGUAGUCGAUGUUAACGAAAUUGACAAUCGCUGGAGCAACAAUAUUGGUAUUGUCCAGUUGUACGGAUAUAGCAUCAUCCAUGUAAUAAUGUACUAUGUAUUACAGUGUAGAUUCUUUAGAAAGUUGCUUUUUGAUAAUAAUAAACAUAGUUUGCGUUAUGUGCAAUAAUAUUAAAUACCCAAGUCUUCUUCAAAAUGGUUGUCUUUGUUUUAAGUACUUAGACUAAAUGAGUAUGUAUGUAGUUAUUCUUAGACACUCUUCAUGGAAUCACCAAAUUAUUAAGUAUUUCUAAUCACUUCACAUCGUUCGUCUCCUUUACGUAGUAGGUACAUAUGCUUGUACAAAAUGAUAUGUGUCUACACUGUACAAUAAUUAGGCUUCAGUAUAUAUAGUACUAUAUACUUAGGAAUACUGUAAUAUUUCCUAUUAUAACAUUCUUUUGGAAAGUCACUGGUGACUAUUAUUAUGAGAAAAGCAUUGUUUUUGUAAAUUCAUUAAACAUUGUAUACUUUUUAAGUAAACGCUGGAAUCUUUUAAGACCCAGAUAUAAUUUUGAUUCAUGGCAUAAAAUAUAUGCGUUUUUUACUGACUUGAUUGAAGUUUUAAUACCUUUACAGCCUACUAUUUUAUCAUUACUCUGAGAAUAUUUAGAUCAUUUUGACAUCGUGUAGAACAUUACGUUUGAGACAAGCGUGUAGCUAAACCGGUUCGGUAACCAAAUAACGUGAGCUCAAAAACUGUUUUCAUAUAAUCUUAGUAAAAGGGCCAUUUAGAUUAUGUAGUGCUGGUUUUUGAGAAAAUCGAAAAUUUUAGUGUAC